AUGCACAACUCGACCAUGACAACUGCCCACCCGUCGCCCCCAAUGGCGUUCGAGAUACCAAAAUCUCUCGUCACAUGGGACGUGCGCUCUCCUAUAAUCUUUGCUGCGCAGAGCAUCAUCACCGCCGCCCUGAUAUGCACCACCCGAAAGUCGUCACUCCUCCGACCAGCCGUUCUCCCUGUACUUGUGUGGCUCAUGUUUCGCUCAUGGGAGGCAGCACCAGCUUUUACCGGCCAGGGCGUUCUCUACUCGUUUUGGUGGGUUGGGCCGUAUGCCAACAUUUUCCACUGCAUGAACCAGCUCUGCCUCUAUCCCCUCGACAGCGCAGAUAUCAAGCACGAGAUGGGGCUUCAAGCUACGAGGGAGAAUGCAGAGAAAGCCAACGGCCACACCGAAAAGACCUCCCCGGGACUCUUCUCACAACUCUGGUUCACAACGGCUAUGCUUUUCAGCUUUCGUGGCAUCGGCACUACACACCAGAUCAGCUACAUUCCAGCCUUUCCAUCUGGCGUCGUCCCGUCGAGAAUUCGUUUCUUGACGCGUCAGUGCUUCAUGAUCUUGAUACAGUACCUCAUCAUGGACGUGCUGGCAUCGUCACCUCCACCGCCGGAUGUCGUGGACAGCUGGGCCGAGGGCAAGGAGUGGCUCUGGAUCAGCUCGCUGAACAAGCACGCGGUGACGGCGGCAGACUUGCAGAACCGGUUCGUCGGCUGCGCGAUGAACUGGUUUAUAGUGGGGAGGGUCAUGAACGACAUCUGGUAUCGUAUAUUCUCCGUCAUUUUUGUCGGCCUAGGCAUCUCGAAGCCGGGGCAAUGGCCGCCGUGUUAUGGCAACUACAAUGAUACGUGCUCGCUCCGUGGGUACUUUGGGAAAUUCUGGCAUCAAACUGUCCGCUGGCCAUUUCAGGGUGCAUCCAGCUACUUUACCCGUCGCAUCCUGCGCCUGCCGCAAGGCGUCAUUGAACGCUACGCCAACAUUACUGUCGUCUUUUUUCUCUCCGGCACGCUACACUCCAUCCUCGAUAUUGCUUUCGGGGGCCAGUAUGACCCGGCUGGUAGUCUCUUGUGUUUUGGUCUGCUGUUGCCAUUGGGAAUCAUCUUCGAGGACACAGCGCAGUGGGCAUGGAGACGCGCCACUGGUGUCCGGACCGGGUUGUUUGGCCGCGUGGUCGGGCACCUGUGGGUUGCAUUGUAUCUCGCACUUGUGACGCCCAUUUUCAACUACAGGCUGCAGCGCAUACCGGGUAAUCCUACGUAUCUGGUACCAUGGAGUGUGAUUUCUCUUAUGAAGGAAACUUUUGAAUCUAUGGCUGGGAAAUGA